AUGUCCGAACCCGCUCCCUCGGUCUUUGCGACCACCAAGGCCAGCCCCGUCGCGCAAAGUGUUCGUAACCACACGUCCAAGGCCUCGUCCGAGUUCUCUUCCCUUGCUGCCUCGCGCAGGACCCCCGAGAACCCUGCUGCCACCGGGCAGCCCCUGACCCACUACCACUCAUUCUUCAAUGAGCUCCUCUCUUGGAAGAACCCUCGCGCCUCGGCCGUCUCCUUCAUCUCCAUCGUCACCUUCAUCCUCGCCGCUCGCUACCUCGAUGCCACCCGCUGGGUCCUGCGCCUCACCUGGAUGACUCUCGGCGUUACCGUUGCCGCCGAGCUCGCCGGGAAGCUCGUCCUCGGCAACGGACUCGCCUCCCAGCUCCGCCCCCGCAAGUACACCACCGUCUCCCGCGAGACCAUUGACAUCCUCGUCGGCGACUUCCACGAGCUCAUCAACUUUGUCGUCAUCGAGGCUCAGCGUAUCCUCUAUGUCGAGAACGUCUCCGUGUCUGUUGCGGCCGCCUUCUCCGCCUUCAUCGGAUACCACCUCACCAAGCUCGUUCCCUACUGGGGCCUUGCUCUGAUCAGCACCGUGCUCGCCUUCACCCUGCCCCUCGUCUACAUCACCAACCAGGAGCUCAUCGACGGGCAGCUCCAGAACGCCUCGGACAUUGUCAAUGCCCAGUAUGCACAGGCCCGCUCCAUCGCCCAGAAGCACGCCAGCAACGUCACCGCUCUCGGCAAGCAGUACGCCGGGGACUCCAUCUCCAAGGUUCAGGACUUGAUCCGCAGCCGCACUGGCGGUGCUGCCAAGUCGGCCCCUGUGCCCUCGUUCCCGACUGCUCCCACCGAAGAGCCCGAGAAGGUCGACCUGCAGGCCCCCGACGUUCCAACUGAGGAGCCCGUGGCCGAGGCCAAGCAGGAGGAGCCUCUUAUCUAA